AUGAAUUUUCCUCCAGACGAUAUCAAAAUUCUCGUCGAGGAGAUCGCCGAACUGCUUCUGGCGCGCAAACAGACACUCUCAGUGAGCGAAGGUGCGUGCGGCGGACUUUUGAGCGCCUACCUGAUCUCGCUGCCCGGCGCAUCCAAAUUUUUCGACGGAGGCCGCUUGGUGUAUAGCCUCAAGUCUCGGCUCAAACUGAGCGGCUGGAACACGGACCAGAUCAGAGACUACACGGGGCCGAGCGAGGCAGUGGUGCUGCGCCUGGCCAGGAACCUGCGGAUCGAGUUUGGGUCCACAUACGUGCUGUCGGAGUCGGGUUUUGCUGGGCCGUCCACUAGUGUCGGACUAGGGGACCAGGAGAGCAUCACCGACUCCUCGAAGCAGGGAGUGGUUUAUCUCGGGAUCAGCGGGCCCUACGGAGACAGAUCGUGCACAGUGAGCACGGGAAGCGAGGACAGGUCUGAGAACAUGCAAUUGUUUGCCAAGAAGGGGUUGGAAUUUCUCCUCAGGGUGCUGAGGACGGAGGGGUGA